CUGGUGUCAAGCUAGAGAGGACUGAAGGAGAGGAGGACCCAUGGCACAGCAGAGACAUCCAAACUGGAACGGCUGAAGCGCCCCAUGUAAACAGAAAAGACCCAACCGCCCCAGCACAGCCAAGGACCCGACGCAGCAUCACGGAGGAUGUGACCACAGAUCAGAUCCAGAGAGACUGGGGCUGGGGAGACUGGGCUGUCCUCCUGCUCCCGGCUCAGAGUACUUACCAGUAUUUCCACAGAGCCAGAGAACGGUUAAUUCCAGUGGGGAUGGUAACUCGUUACACACUAGUGGUGAUGAUUCAUCUUGUUCUUACGCUACAGAGAUGGACCCUGGCAACAUAUCCUUGGGUUUAGAGACACAAACUCACCUGUCCAGAGGGGACUGGAACCGGUACAGUAGCAGUGUAUACUCUGAAGGGUGCCUAGAUAAGAAAGGGGAGGGUCUGGUUGUAGAUGAAGUGACCAUGAAAGUGGAGGGUGACGUUCCUCCCACAUGGAAUGCAGAUAGUCACCUAGUAGACAGGCACUCACAGGGCAGAGAUUUCUUAAAUUACAGGGGAAGCUUAGAGACAAAUCCAAAUGUCACGACCCACUCCCCUUUACACACGUUCAGGGAUCAUGACCAAGUGUCUACGUCGAUGGGGCCUUCAGAUUUACACAGCCGUGUCCUUUUCGAUCAGGUAUUGAAUUCAAACGACAGGGCUAAAGCCCAGAUUCGGGGAGGGGUAACCACAUCAGGCAAUAGCAAAGAGAAACGGUUCCUCUGCAUGUUCUGUAAUAAAGGCUUCAGCUGCCUCCAGAAGGUGGAGGUCCACCAGAGGAUCCACACAGGGGUGAAACCCUACAGCUGUACCCAGUGUCACAUGCGCUUCGCCCAGGCUGGCACCCUGAAGAGGCACCAGAGGGUCCACACAGGGGUGAAACCCUUCAGCUGUACCCAGUGUAACAUGCGCUUCGCCCAGGCUGGUGACCUGAAGAGGCACCAAAGGGUCCACACAGGGGAGAAACCCUACAGCUGCCCCCAGUGUGAGAAGAGAUUUACCCGCCAGCACCAGCUGAAGAUGCACAUGAAGGUCCACACGGGAGAGAGGCCGUUCGCCUGUACGCACUGCGGGAAGAGAUUCUCAGAUAGGAGCUACCUCAGGAUACACCAGCAGAAAAAACAUUCCACUCAAUAGCUUCAGACGUUGAGAAAGUAUUCGGCCCCGUUGAACUUUGCGACCUUUUGCCACAUUUCAGGCUUCAAACAUAAAGAUAUAAAUCUGUAUUUUUUUUGUGAAGAAUCAACAACAAGUGGGACACAAUCAUGAAGUGGAACGACAUUUAUUGGAUAUUUAAUUUUUUUUAAACAAAUCAAAAACUGACAAAUUGGGCGUGCAAAAUUAUUCAGCCUCCUUAAGUUAAUACUUUGUAGCGCCACCUUUUGCUGCGAUUACAGCUCUAUCAGUUUUGCACAUCGAGAGACUGAAUUUUUUUCCCAUUCCUCCUUGCAAAACAGCUCGAGCUCAGUGAGGUUGGAUGGAGAGCAUUUGUGAACAGCAGUUUUCAGUUCUUUCCACAGAUUCUCGAUUGGAUUCAGGUCUGGACUUUGACUUGGCCAUUCUAACACCUGGAUAUGUUUAUUUUUUAACCAUUCCAUUGUAGAUUCUGCUUUAUGUUUUGGAUCAUUGUCUUGUUGGAAGACAAAUCUCCGUCCCAGUCUCAGGUCUUUUGCAGACUCCAUCAGGUUUUCUUCCAGAAUGGUCCUGUAUUUGGCUCCAUCCAUCUUCCCAUCAAUUUGAACCAUCUUCCCUGUCCCUGCUGAAGAAAAGCAGGCCCAAACCAUGAUGCUGCCACCACCAUGUUUGACAGUGGGGAUGGUGUGUUCAGGGUGAUGAGCUGUGUUGCUUUUACGCCAAACAUAACGUUUUGCAUUGUUGCCAAAAAGUUCAAUUUUGGCUUCAUCUGACCAGAGCACCUUCUUCCACAUGUUUGGUGUGUCUCCCAGGUGGCUUGUGGCAAACUUUAAACGACACUUUUUAUGGAUAUCUUUAAGAAAUGGCUUUCUUCUUGCCACUCCUCCAUAAAGGCCAGAUUUGUGCAAUAUACGACUGAUUGUUGUCCUAUGGACAGAGUGUCCCACCUCAGCUGUAGAUCUCUGCAGUUCAUCCAGAGUGAUCGUGGGCCUCUUGGCUGCAUCUCUGAUCAGUCUUCUCCUUGUAUGAGCUGAAAGUUUAGAGGGACGGCCAGGUCUUGGUAGAUUUGCAGUGGUCUGAUACUCCUUCCAUUUCAAUAUUAUCGCUUGCACAGUGCUCCUUGGGAUGUUUAAAGCUUGGGAAAUCUUUUUGUAUCCAAAUCCGGCUUUAAUCUUCUUCACAAAAGUAUCUCGGUCCUGCCUGGUGUGUUCCUUGUUCUUCAUGAUGCUCUCUGCGCUUUUAACGGACCUCUGCGACUAUCACAGUGCAGGUGCAUUUAUACGGAGACUUGAUUACACACAGGUGGAUUGUAUUUAUCAUCAUUAGUCAUUUAGGUCAACAUUGGAUCAUUCAGAGAUCCUCACUGAACUUCUGGAGAGAGUUUGCUGCACUGAAAGUAAAGGGGCUGAAUAAUUUUGCACGCCCAAUUUUUCAGUUUUUGUUUUGUAAAAAAGUUUGAAAUAUCCAAUAAAUGUCGUUCCACGUCAUGAUUGUGUCCCAUACUUUCGCAAGGCACUCUAUAUUUUAGGCAUAUUUGUGCCUAAAAAGUAUGUUACAUAUUGUGUUUGUACUGUGUAGGCCAGGGAUGGGCAGCAUUGAUGGGUGUGGGAGCCACAAAAAAAUCGCUCUAGCUUUUUGGGGGCCCUAAGCUAUAUUUUGCGAGUAAAGCAUUUUAGCAAAGAGAAACAUUUUUAGUUUUAGAGUUCAUUUCCUGCAAUUCUACACAUUUUGUCAUGGGGCAUAGAGAAAAUGUUGCAAUUUUUAAGCACGUUUUCUGCAAUUCUACACAUUUUUGCCACGAGGUGGAUAGAAGAUUGCAAUAUUUUUAUGUAAUUUUAUGCAAUUCUAUGCAUGAUCAUGAGGGCCCCCAGGUCAGUAAUUAAAUCAUGAUUGCUACAAGUUUGGAAAUAAUAUGCAUUUUGCCAGAGGGUGGAAACAACUGCUUGCAGUUUUUUAUAUGAUAUCUAACGAUCAAUUGGUUGCCCCCUGUCAGUAAUUCGAGGGGGGGGGGGGGGUUAAUCCAUAGACAAAAGGGUUGCCCAUCCCUGGUGUAGACUAAAUGUGACACGCUCUAUAAUAAUCAGUCGGGAGUAGCAAUUACUCAUUUGCAUAUAAAUUGUGUUUGUGUCGAAAUUUGGAUUUUUUGCUAUUUGGGGGGUUUCAUCUGGUUUUCACAAAACAAUGUCUUUGCUUUCAUCAUCUGUAUGUGUUAUUGCCAAAUUCAGUAAGAAUAUAGUAUUUAAUCCUUUAAACGUAGGAUGAAACGUAGCACUUUCCAAUCCGUUUGGUGGAUGCUAGCUUGUAACACAUCAGGCUUUUGAGGCACUAGCUUUUCUGCACUAUCAAAACCCUCAUCUAUUCCGAAAUCAUGAAUGAAUUACAAACUAGCUAGCUCACUAUAUAGUUUAAAUCAAGCUACAAUAAGCUAUUCAAUCGGAUGAUUUUCCUGUUUUCCCAAUCAAAGCUACUGUAGUGUAUCAUCCGCGGGAAAAGGCUACACUCUCUCGCUCAUAAAGACCCAUCAUACAUAGUUACACUGUCACUACUGCCUACACCGUAGCUAGUUAGCUUUGCUUUCAACUGCACUGAUGGAUUUCCGGGAGAGAGAAAUCGCAAGAUUUUUAAAUAUUAAUGUUGUGCUGGGAGCUGGUUCAGACGAUCAGUGGCAUCAACUUAUUGCCGACUACUUUUUGACCCUGCGCCACAGAGCAAUGACAUAAGCAACUCAGACAAGCUCACUGAAGUCGAGGCCGAGUACCUUGAGGAGGCAACCGAGGAAGACCACCUGUGCACCUGUUAAUGGUGAAUCGAUCAAUGACGGCGCUUCAGUCGGUCGAGGGGAAAUAUGUCAGUGGUGCUGGGCAAGAAAUUGAAAAGGAUUGCGAGUUCAGGUGAACGUGCAAGUCCAAUAAAGGGAAGCUGUGAUAUUUGGUUUUUACCCAAGAGAAGAUGGUCAAGAGACGUGACCAGAUUAAUUAGCUAACUCACCAAUGGUAAGUGCUUGCCAUUCAAGUAGUAGUCAAGUUUAUGUGGGUGUGUAAUGUGUGCAUGUUUUCUGUGCCUGUCUAUCUGUUAGUGUGUUUGGGUGUGAUAAGGCACACGUAGACUGACUAGCUAACUGUUCAUGUAUUAAAGCCGUGUGUGUGUGUGUGUGUGUGUGUGUGUGUGUGUGUGUGUGUGUGUGUGUGUGUGUGUGUGUGUGUGUGUGAAUGUGUGGCGUUGGGGGGAGAGAGUGAAGUCGGGGAUGUGUAGCCCAUGCAACCUAGCUAUGUAGAUAGUAACUUAUGGGACCUGUGUGUGUUGUGGGUGCUGGUAUUUGUCCUAAAGACAGGUUACAUAAAUCCAUGAAAUGGCCAUCUAUAAAGUUAUGACAUUUAUUUAUAUCGAACCUGACCCAUUUACACUACUAAUAAAAGUGUGUGUGAUUCACGCAUGCAUUUCGAUCUGUACAGGUUGCGUAGUUUGUUAUCUUUAACAUGUUUAUAUCACUUUAAAAUGUAUUGGCUAGAAUAGAUGACGACAAUGACUGAAUGUUAAAAAAUAGUAUAUUGUUAGUUGUCUUAUUUUUCAGAUGAAAAACAUCUAGUGCUCAUUGGCAAGAUCUCUGGUUCCAUGAACCUCUGCAAGGAAAUGGUCAUCUCGAACCGGAACUAACAAAAAGAAAACAUCAGAGGACAUAUUUCUUUGAGCAAAUCUGCAGAGAAACAUUCAAGUUCCGACACGUGUAAGUUUUCAUUUGAGUAAUACAACCUGAUGUCCUCUGUUCUUAUUGGGGCUGCAACAGUAUUAACAAGUUCAUGAGAUAUUUAAGAAAACAUGAGUAGUAGGCUAAAUCAUGAAUAUAAAUAAAACAGCUGAGAAUACAUUGUGCCUUUCAGCACAUUUUAACAGGCAUGUUUAAAAAUGUCUGAAUUUCUACAAAAAGCUGACUGCAGUGAUAAAGUUCUAUAGUUCUAUGGAUCGUGAUAAGGCUCCAAGGAAAAAAGAGGUGUGGUGGUCAUCUCGCCAGAAAACGGGUGCUGUCCUACGAGGACACUCAGUGAAUUGUCCACUAUGUCAACAACUUCACCAAUAUCCACGCGGUGCCGCUCCCAGGACAGAUCCCUGGAUUUAAGAAGUCAGACAUCCUGAUGCUACCGACAUUUGAGACCAAAGUCCUGUGUGUGGCACUAGUACAAAAACGUUCAUGCGUGAUCAUGGUGAGUGUUUUCCUAAAUCUCUAUACUUAUAUUUGUACCAAACGCUCGUCAGCUCAAGCCAGUGACAAAGACUCUAACCAAAGCCCACACAAAUCGGAUUCAAAGAGACUGUCGGACCUUACUCUCUGGUGACGCACUGGUGUAGUCAGAUUUUCUUUAACGUUUCUCAUUUUAGUUGUUGCUUAGAGACCAGGACUUACUCUGACCAUUUUUAGCUCAUUCUGUUGCUUGUACACUACAUUACCAAAAGUAUGUGGACACCUGCUCGUUAAACAUCUCAUUCUAAAACCAUGGGCAUUAAUAUGGAGUUGGUCCCCCCUUUGCUGCUAUAACAGCCUCCACUCUUCUGGGAAGGCUUUCCACUAGACGUUGGAACAUUGCUGUGGGGACUUGCUUCCAUUCAGCCACGAGCGUUAGUGAGGUCGGGCACUGAUGUUAGACGAUUAGGCCUGGCUCGCAGUCUGCGUUGUAAUUCAUCCCAAAGGUGUUUUUAUGUGGUUGAGGUCAGGGCUCUGUGCAAACCAGUCAAGUUCUUCCACACCAAUCUCGACAAACCAUUUCUAUAUGGACCUCGCUUUGUGCAGGGGGGCAUUGUCAUGCUGAAAUAGGAAAGGGCCUUCCCCAUACUGUUGCCACAAAGUUGUAAGCACAGAAUCGUCUAGAAUGUAAUUGUAUGCUGUAGCAUUAAGAUUUUCUUUCACUAGAACUAAGGGGCCUAGUCCAAACCAUGAAACACAGCCCCAGACCAUUAUUCCUUCUCCACCAAACUUUACAGUUGACACUAUGCAUUGGGGCAGGUAGCAUUCUCCUGGCAUCCGCCAAACCCAGAUUCUUCCGUUGGACUGCCAGGUGGUGAAGUGUGAUUCAUCACUCCAGAGAACGUGUUUCCACUGCUCCAGAGUCCAAUGGCGCCGUGCUUUACACCACUCCAGCCGACGCUUAGUGUUGCGCAUGGUGAUCUUAGGCUUGUGUGUGGCUGCUCGGCCAUGAAAACCCAUUUCAUGAAGCUCCCAACAAACAGUUAUUGUGCUGACGUUGCUUCCAGAGGCAGUUUGGAACUCAGUAGUAAGUUCUGCAACUGAGGACAGACGAUUUGAGCUUCUCAUUCUUUGAGCUCGUGUGGCCUACCACUUCGCGGGUGAGCCGCUGUUGCUCCUAGACGUUUCCACUUCACAAUAACGGCACUUACAGUUGACAGGGGCAGCUCUAGCAGGGCAUAAAUUGUACGAACUGACUUGUUGGAAAUGUGGCAUCCUAUGACCGGGCCAUAUUGAAAGUUACUGAGCUCUUCAGUGAAGGCCAUUCUACUGCCAAUGUUUGUCGAUGGAGAUUGCAUGGCUGUGCUCUCUAUUUUAUACACCUGUCAAAAACGGGUGUGGCUGAAAUAGCUAAAUUCAGUCAUUUGAAGGGGUGUCCACAUUCUUUUGUAUACAUAGUUUAUGUGUACAAUUGUGUGCACAUGUAUCCGUAUAAGUGUGUGUGUGUGUGCGCAUGUGAGCGUGCGUAAGUGAAAAAGAAGAACAUGGGCACUCGUCAAUGGAUUUCAUGUAUUGUUUUGUAAUUAAGUAAAUAGUUGUUGUUCAUUAUUUGAAUAAAUGUCUUAAAUGUAAUUGCAAACGUUAACUGCGUUUUCUCAAAAACAUGAUUUGGUGAUACUCUGCAUGUAAUGGAACGUAACUUUCUUGUAGUUUGGAGUAGAGUGAUCAUGAUGGUCUCAGUAGAAAGCUAACAUUCUCCUUUUUCCAGCACUGUGUUUUGGGGUCAAUGUGACUGAUUAUGAUAAAGCGAGUCACAUAUAAUGUUCACAAAUGUCUACUUCAUUAUUUCCAUUUAACUACUUCAUUAUUUUCCCAAAACACUUUUAAUGAGAAAAUGAAUGCAGUUCAUCAAGUUCAUGCCGAUUUUAAAUAUAAAUAAUAAAAUGUAUGUGAUUUUCAUAUGGUGUAUUGAACACUUGUUUAUGUUUAAUAAAACAAUGGGACUUUUCAUUCUAA